AUGAAGAAGGGCAAGAAGAAAUGGAGGAGGCACGGCCAUGGCUGGGAGCCCAAGGCCCCAGGAACGGGAGACGGGAGUCGGAGCAAGAUUGCGACAGCAGGUCACACAGCGGCGCACAACGCGUCUGUCGCUCCAGGCAAGACCGCUGCGGCGUGGGCGGGCACGAAUCUGGGGUUCAGGUCCAAUCAUAUCGGGUGCUCUGCGCCCAGCCAAUGGUCACCCGUCAAGGACUCCGUCUCCGUUAGGCAAAAAUAG